AGCAGCUCGGCAUCAGGGAAGGAACGCCGCAUCCCGGAGCUCCCAUCCCUUUCAUCCAAAUUCAGCCUUUUUUUGCUUCCCCCCGCCCCUUUUAUUGGUUCAUGCACCAAAGAGAGCACCACGGGGUGAGAUCAGUGCAUAAGAGCAGCCGGAGAUCCAUCCACAUUGUGGAUGUGGAGGCAAGAACAUCUUCGAGGGGAGAAAGUGACGGACCGAGCGGAGCCGGAUCACCGGGAUUUCUUUUUCCUUUCCCCAGCAGCCCUAGAAGAUUCCCCCUUUUCGGUCUAAGUUUUUAUUCUUGUCAGUGCGCCAUUCUUACAGGAUUGCCUCGAUUGUAUUCAUAUAUUUGAAUCAUCUUUUUUAGACCACUUUAAAUCGAUGCGUAACGGCUGGGAUAUUUUUCCUCUCUCUCUCUCUCUCUCUCUCUCUCUCUCUCUCUCUUGGAAUUGUGGAAUACUGCGUAGCGCAUAAGCUAAGCACCCAGUCUUUCCACUAACUGCCUCGUCGCUUGGAGAUAACAUCUUGUGAAAUUAAAAGCAAGCCAGGACCUUUCACGUCGCUCCGGAGGCGAAACGUCGACUGCUUGAAGCGCACUUUGCUGUGCGCAAUUGUUCCUCCGAGGACCUGUUUCUGCAUCGUUUGCCCUCCGUUAAAAAUUUGGCAGGCGAUCCGAGAAAAUUUCAAAAAGCUUUUCAAGUGUGGGAUUUAAAUCGCUACGGGUGGAGGAAGAAGAGGAUCAACUUCAUCUCCGUUUGACAUCAGCUCUGCUGGAUUGGAGCAAAAUGAAGCCUUUCUAAUUGGGAGCGCGCUGCUUGCUCGGUCAAUGUUAUAAAUCUGCAUGGAGCUCUAGUCUGCACUACGGAACAAUUUAUGGUUGGCCGCAGAACUCCCCCGGCUGUCGUACCGUGCCCACCUCGCCAUGCUGGCCUGUCUGCAGAGGAGGCAGAACCCUCCACCCCAGCACCCGGUGUGUGCCAGCAAGAGCCUGGAGCCACCGCAAGCCCUGGGACGCAAAUGUGAACUGGUGGUGCCUACACAUUCCCCUCGCUACCCCACUGCGGCAGAACUUGAUGCCUAUGCUCAGAAGACAGCCAACAACCCUCUGUCCAUCAAGAUCUUCCCGACCAACAUCAGGGUUCCCCAGCACAAGCACCUUAACCGGACUGUAAAUGGAUAUGACACCACUGGCCAGCGCUACAACCCCUAUCCACACUUCCACACCGGGGGCUACCAUGGCCUGCUUGCCAUCGUCAAGUCCUCUUCUUCCCCUUCGUUGUCAUCCAACUCCACCUUUGUGUCAUCAAAAGGAGUUCUCAAGAACUCCGACGGCAGACGGACUAAGCUCUCCCCUGCCCACAUUGCCGUUGCCCCAUACCCACCAAGUAGUAGCACUUUAGCCAACGGCCCCGGCCAGAUGGGCUAUCAAGCCGGGCCCACGAAUCCUCCAGAGGGCCCCGGCUUGUCGGUGCCCCCCAACGUCACCGUAGCUGGCUCGGUGAUUCCGGUAACAGGGGGGCGUGGCCUGGCCCUCCCCGCACAGUCCAACCUCCCCUCCAUCCAGAGCAUCAUUUACCAGAUCAACCAGCAUUGCCAAGCACAGGCUCUGCAGCAGGUGUGUCAAGGGGCGCCACCCUCCAAUUCGAGUCCCUCCAAGCAGGGAACAACUGUCAUGGGGGUCUCCUCCAGCUCCUCAGGUGGAGGUUACGUGGUGGGAAUCGGCCCACAGGCCAACAUGGUGUACACGGGUGCGGGGCUGCCGGCUCAAAACACAGAGGCGCUCAAGAGCGGGGUUUACGCGGACAGUAUGGACUACAUCCUCUGGCAGAAGCAGCAGCAGCAACAACAACAGCAGCAGCAGCAGCAGCAGCAACAGGCAGUGCUACGAAUGUACAGCGGGGGCAGCGGAGGGGGCGCGGCUGUCAGCAAGUCCCCCGAAAGCUGCAUUCCUGUCGGCGGGAUCAUGGCGGGCCAAGUCUCCUCGUCCUCUUCCAGACCUUACCACCUGACGGCGAGCGGCGGAGGCGGGCUGGACAAAGUCAGCUCCUCCCCGUUGAACUGCAUGGGCAUGCAUGGGAAUUUCUCAGUGGGUCAGUACUUUGCCCCCCCUUGGAACAGUGUCCUGGUGACACCGGACAGUGACUGCUACAACCCCCAGGAGCUCCUGGGCUCCUCCACGGGCGGGUCGGCCACGGGCCACAGAGAAGUGGGCUACCCGCACCAUCCCUAUCACCACCACCACCAUCAUCAUCAUCACCCCGCCAUCGACAGCGGAGGCCGUCUGUGUUGCAGCCUGCCCAGCAAGAGUUUGUGCAACACGUCAGUGUUGAGCAACAGCUUGCAGUCUCUGGAAUACCUGAUCAACGACAUCCACCCGCCAUGCAUAAAGGAGCAGAUGCUGGGCAAAGGCUACGAGACUGUGUCGGUGCCACGUCUGCUGGACCACCAGCACGCACACAUCCGCCUCCCCGUUUACAGAUAGAGGCGCAACAGAGAAUCGAGUUGUGAAUUUGUAAAGAAAAUCUUAAGGCAAAGGACGGAUCCGGUUUUGCGGUGGGAGGGUGGAUUUGCUUUAAUGAGUGCGCGAGCUUAGCCACGAGAGCUCUUGUCGUGUUGUGUGACCCAAUCUAUGGUGGUUUCAAGCCAGGCUUUGAGAAUUCCAAAUAAGAAAUGGCAGUAGCGAUUGCAAGUGGGGGAGAAAAGGGAUUUUAAAAUCCUCCCGAUGAUCCGUUGUGCCGUUUGCCAAUAGGAAUUUUGCAUUGAUUUAUUUGUCUUUCUGUUUCCGCUUUUGUUGCCCAAGUUAUACUUGCCUGAACUACUUUAAUCUUUGCUCUCUUUUCUCUUUCUUUUUUUUUUCUGAUGGAAUCAUAGCUUGACAUGAAGUGCAUACGCCACUUGUACCCCCCACUUCAAAUUCCAAGACUGAAGCUACUGUGUAGGUUGUCACUGAAAUAAAUGGUCUCUAGAGGACCAAAGUUUAGGGCUGCUCUCAACAUCCAAAAACUACACGCAGAUGGAUGAGGACAGACUCAGUGAAAUUAUAGCCAGGACUCUUGUGUUCUGCACAAGAAUCAUCAAGUCUGAUUAGGACAGGAUAGUACAUUAUUAAUGGUUAUUGCUGUUAUAAUUGAUACAUAAAUUGCACUGCUUGAAUCUUGUUAACUUUGAAGUUUGGAAUUUGGGUAGUUUGGAUAUGAUAUAUUUAAGAAACUUGAAAAACUUGAACCUAUUUUAUGUUGUUUUAUAUAUUUGUAGGUCUAUUUUAUGCAUUGGCUGCUAUGGGGGAAAGCGUCUCUGAUGCUUUGUUCUUUCCACUUGGUUUUUAUGAUUUAAAUAUUCCUGUUCAAGCAAAUGUGCAGUUUCUUACGUUCUGUUUCGAGGCAUCGUCACUGCUGUGGUUCUGUAAGAACCUGCAAUGUGAGAGCUUGUUUUCAUAACCAACACUGGAAUCCACGGGGUGGGUGAAAAGUAACUUGGCGUUAAAAAUUGGGAAAACAAUCAAUAUUCCAAUUACACGUUUUUAGGCAAGGGAUAUGUUUUUUCAUUAUUAUUAUUACAUGGCAAAAUGAAAGUCAACCUGCAGAUUUUAACAUGAAGUCAUCAUAGGUGGCUUCCAAAACAACAGACAGCCAAGUAAGUGGCCAUCUGGGAAAAAAAUAAAGGAGACAAUGGGGAAAUAACACAUCAUAUAAAAUCCCCAUGAGUGUUGUCUGUUUCCAAAAUGUUUUCAAAACAACUUUAGCGAAACAAAAAAAUUCUAAAAGCUAUUCAUAAUGCCUGCUUUCCACCCACGCUGUGAAAUUAACAAAGGAGUAUUAGGCCCACACAGAAAAGAAAAUUAUACUUUGAGAAAGAAGUGAUAAUGUUGUGAGAAUAAAGUCAUGUCGUGAAAACAGACAUAAACUUUUUUUUCAUUGUAAACCAAGUUAACAAAUAUUUUCAUUUCCUGAUUAUGAGUUUUCAUAUCCUUUUCUAAAAAACAAUUCGAUUUUUUAUUUUAAAUAUAUAUAUAAUUGUAAUAUUUUUUAUAAAGUUUGGAAUUAUUUUGUUGAGAACAUUUACAUUUAUCUUUAUUUCUCAUCAUUUUCCUUUUUCCUUUCAGUGUCUUCCUAAUACUCCUUCACAACAAUAAAUCUUGAAACGCUUAUUUAAAGAGAACAUAAUACACAGAAAAAGAAACGAUACAGUGAAAAAUGUGAAGGUUAUCGACAUAACGAUACAUGUACGUGUGCUUAACACAAGUGUGUGUUCGCAUGCGCAUUUUAGCUCAUCAAAGCCUCUUCCCAUGUCUCAUUUGAAGAUUUCCACCACAGUCCCCAUAAAAUCAUACCUGAGUAAUGUACAGGAAUUCCUUUGCCGAUCUCGCUUCCUUUUUAACGGAGGACUUAGCGUCUCCAAUAUUUGUAACUGUCACAUCUGCCUUCUUUGUCAGGUGUCGUCAUAGCGAUGGAGGAAGCUGGGAUAGAAGGGAAUCCUAUUUCGGGAGGUACGGUUCACUCCUCUUGCAAAUGGAAAAAAAAUAAAAUAAAAACAAUCGUCUCUGACA